AUGUCUGAAUCGCUCGCCGCAUUCCGUAAACACCGCCGCGAGGAGCUGGCAAAGCUCGCAGAGCAACACCUCCAACACGACCUCCAACCGGCUGACCGCGAUGCCCUAUUAAACGCAGCAACGAGAGUGUCAACCUGGACCUUGAUUGGUUCUGCGGUGGGGAUUGGGCUGGGCUUCUAUGUUGCUUUUCGACUCAGAAGCGUGCGCAAGACCAUCUUCGAGGCGUUCAAAGCACAGGAGAAGCCGGUGAGUGUUGUCUUUGCGGAUGGACGGACUGAGAGUAUCCCUGACAUCACCCCGUUGCUCAAGCCGUCAACAUGGGGAGACUUUGCGACUUAUUUCUUCGCCUCUGCUGGAGGAUUAUUCCUGGGCGGAGAACUAGGCCUCCUAGGCGGCUCAGCCAGUGCCAGCCGCAGUAUCACUAAAGAUCCCGAGACCAGGAAAAGGAUAGAAAAUGCGUUCCGCAAGUUCAGAGCAGAUGUCCUGCGAAAGCAAGCCGAUGACCUUGAUCGCGGGGUUGAAGUGUGGGAUAAGAUGUUCUGA